AUGGCACCUGAAAGGUACAAGUCAGAACCGCUCGUUGAGCAGCGUGGGUCGCAGCCGUGCUGUGCUGCUGCUGGUGGCUCUUCUGCUGUGCCAGGCGUUCCCAACCUGGGUUAUAAUUCUCGAGGGGAGUCUGAGAGUAUGACAGAAUCCUCGGGCAGCUUCAUCAAGCUUCGCCCAAAUACCCUGCGCGAGUUCCAAUUCCUCCAGUGCCGCGGCGACUACGACAAGGAGCGCUACACUGCCCUCAGCCGCGUCUGCGAUGACUGCCACAACCUGUUCCGACAGCCACAGGUCAUGACGGAGUGCAAGUCGAACUGCUUCCGCAACUCACUCUUCCUCACCUGCGUCAAUCUCCUCAAGCUGGAACACCUCGAGGACGACUUCAAGAAUAAUAUCAUGAUAGUCAGCGGAAACGAACUCUAA